AUGAACGCGUAUUUGAAAAUCGUGUGCUUCUCGAUGGCCGUUGUGCUAAUUAGCGGCCAGGAUAUUAACCAGUGCUUCGAACAAGACAGCAUAUCCUGUGUGCAAAAGAGCCUCUACAGAAAGGCUAAGGAGUUCUUCACCAAAGACAACAUUGAAUUAUUCAGUGGUGUUAGCUUGGUUAAGGCUGCUGACAGGAACUCGAGGACUGCUAAAGAUGUGAUUUACGACCAGGAAAUAGAUGCUGCCAACGAUGUCGAGGGACGUCAAAGUGCCUUAGAGAACUUUGUCAGUGAUGAAGCUAGCGACUUUUUGACUGGACGCAGCCUCAGGAUUAACUUCGCGCCAGUUGCUGAGAAAAUUGGACAGACUGCACGUGCAAUGGUUGAUUCCGUCCCACAAGAAGUUAGACAAGCUGUUGAUGAAGUUGUUGAAGGUCGUGGAAAGAAAAAGCUCUUGAAAACCCUCCUCCCCUUCCUGGCGAUCGCUAAAUUGAAGAUGGGAGCCCUUGCUGUUUUAUCAUACUUCGGAAUCGCCCUGUUGGCCAAGAAAGCCAUUUUCGCUUCAUUGAUCUCCCUCGCUUUCUCCGCAUUCAUCGGACUCAGAUCCCUCUGGUCUAAGGGCGCAGACACCACCGCGUACAACGCAGGGUGGAACUCAGGUAAUGUUGGCGCAUGGGCACCCCCAGCAACCAAUGGUUGGUCUUCUGGAGGGUGGGAUGACAGCCACGGUAAUAACUACGCCGGAACCAACCAGCCGUUCUCUGGCUACCACUAA